UUUUUAGGUAUCUUAACUACAUUCUUCUGUCUUAAAUAUUGAGGGAUAGAAUUAGACCACUUUAACUGAGAGUUCCUUCCAAGUGUAUCCUUAUCUUUAUAUUCUAAAUUCUCUAUAUGUUCUCAAUCUGGUAGGUAGAGGUCUUAGUAGGAUAACAAGGGAACAUAUUUCUUGGCUAUAAACACUUAAGGAAAGUAUUUAGCCUCCAGUAGUGCUCUUCUUAUUAUAAAACAACAGAUACUGCUGAGGAAAGAAUAUUUUGUUAUGAAAAUAUAAAACUAAAUAUUUGUAGUCUACUGCAUGAAGCUAUUUAACAUCUACAAUACUGUCUGCUCUGAUUUAAUGAAUCUUGUUCCAGCUCAAGUUGUGCCGUGAUUGUGCCCUUUUCCUGCAUAAUAACCAUGUAGUACAAUAUCUACACGAUAGAACAAUUUAUCAGCUUUAAAUCAAAUGCAUUCCAAGCUGUGCAUAUCUGUUACAAGAUUUAAUUAUACAGCAUUUUCUUAUUCAAUAUAUUUAUUGUAAAAUGCUGUCAGUUUAAAGAUUCCACUGAGAAAGUGUUCUAUGAAAGGCUCAAAUGUCUGACUCAGUCUUUUAAGUUACUUGAUCAGUAUGUCCUUUUUAGAGUCAUUUGUAGUUUCACCUAUCUUUCCUUUUAUUGAUGUUUAGCUUUAAGUGCAGAUUUACUGACCGCUGGGUUUCCGAGACAGCGUGCCUUUUAGAUGUGUGUUGUCUUCCCCAUGUGGUUAUUGCAUGACCUAACAAAGACCACACUUGUUUGUAGAUUUCAAACAUGGGAACAACAACUGCAUUUAUGAGAGUCUGCAACAGCUUAAUAAUUUGAAAUUAUAUACUCAACAGAGUGCCUUUCUGCUCACAGCAUAAUCAUAGAAUCUGACUUAGUAACUUGUGGGUUUUUAUUAUCUUCUCUGGUCGCUGUCAUUGUUGCCACUGUGAAAUCCAUUUUUUUUUCCCUGGUAACCUUUGUAGGCGACCUACAUGUGCCUUAGAUUAUUACAACACAGAGAAAAGGGGGACAGAUUAUGACUUUAUUAUUAUACUAAAAUUCAUUGUUGACUUUCUUGGGGGCCAAAAGCCGUCCCACUGAUUGUUAUGACUAUUUUAUUCACUGUUACAUUGUCAGCAGAAGUUCCUUAUUGCUCACAGGAACCUGGAUUGACACAAUCAUGUUGGAGAUGUAUUACAAGCAGCAAGCAGAAGCAUCCAACAUUUCCUCCAAUCAGAUACAAACAAGCCUAUCUUACGUGCAUCUUUCCAACACCCUUCUGAAGUGCUCCAUCUGUUUCAGUACCGUACAGAUGAAGUGCAAAGGGGUAACCUGACUCAGUAGCAUCUUUGAGGCCUCAGAGAGUGGUUGUGCCUGUUCAUCAAUGAUGCAAUUCUAUGGAGGUCAAAUGAAACUAGAUCACAUAAAAUGUUUGUGCCUUAAUGCCUGAAGUUUAAAAACAAUGAGUCAAGUGAAGAGAGCAGCAAAGCAAAGAUAAAACAUGUAAAGGCUGAUUUGAAUGAGUUCUCAGUCAAGAAGGCAAGGUUGCAGCCAGUACCUGUGCCUCCUCUGCAAUUCAACGACUCCCUUCGUGUCUGUAAUAAUUAAGAUGAACGUGAUUACAAACAGCAGGCAUGCAUCUCAGAGAAACCACACGGCAUUGCCAUGCUUCACGCUACUGGAGAUGGUGAUCAUGGCAGGGACCGUGAUGCUGGCUUACUAUUUCGAAUACACGGACACCUUCGCGGUCAACGUGCAAGGCUUCUUCUGCUACGAGGGCGCGUACCGCAAACCGUACCCGGGCCCGGAGGACAGCAGCGCCGUGCCCCCGGUGCUCCUCUACUCGCUGACCGCAGGCGUGCCCGUGCUGGUGAUUAUCGUUGGAGAAACCGCAGUGUUUUGUCUACAGUUAGCUACAAAGGAUUUUGAAAAUCAAGAAAAAACAAUAUUAACUGGAGACUGUUGUUAUAUAAAUCCACUGGUGCGCAGAACCAUCAGAUUCCUUGGAAUUUACGCGUUUGGACUGUUUGCUACGGACAUCUUUGUAAAUGCUGGACAAGUAGUAACAGGGAAUCUUGCACCACAUUUUCUUGCACUUUGUAAACCCAACUAUACAGCACUUGGAUGUAAACAGUACACACAGUUCAUCAGUAGUGCACAUGCCUGUACUGGAAACCCAGACCUUAUCAUGAAAGCCAGAAAGACAUUCCCAUCCAAAGAAGCAGCUCUAAGCAUAUAUGCAGCUAUGUAUCUGGCUAUGUACAUCACCAGCACGGUAAAAGCCAGAGGAACAAGGCUCGCAAAACCUGUUCUGUGUUUGGGCCUAAUGUGCUUGGCUUUCCUUACUGGAAUCAACAGAGUAGCAGAGUAUCGAAAUCACUGGUCAGAUGUAAUAGCAGGAUUUAUAAUUGGAAUAUCUAUAGCAGUGUUUUUGGUUGUUUGCGUGGUAAAUAAUUUCAGGGGACGUCAGCCAGAACAUGAACAUUCUCAUACGGACAAUCUGGCCCAGAUGCCCAUGAUCAGCAUACCUCGAGUAGAAAGCCCUUUAGAAAAGAACCACAUCACGGCCUUUGCAGAAGUCACAUGAUGUUGACGCUGAGGUAUAUUCACUCCAUUGGACUUCAUCUCUUUUCACAGCCCACUCACGAUAAUUGCAGUGUAACAAAAUCAAGAAAUUUUUAAAGUCCUCUUUCUGACUUGAUUUUUACAUCGUUAAAAUGAUACCUACAUUUUGAAGAUUUCUUAAAUAUUAGAACGUCACUUUACUUUCUAGCAAAAAUAUUAACUGUUUACUUUUUGAUGGAAUGGGACGAACUAAGCACUAAUUACCUUUAUCUGACACUACCCUCUAUUUUGGCUUCUUGUUGUUUUUUAAUGGUUCAUGUACCUAUUCCAGUAGUACUCCAUAUUUUGAUUUGAAAUUGAUUUUUAGAAUCUGCAUUUUUAAUUCAGCAUGAAUUUGUUUCCAUUUGAGCAGUUUUAGUGUAUAAAAACUAGAAAAAAUAUUACCUUCUGUAUGAAAAUGCUGUUUGCACAUUGUAUUACGCUGUAUUCCAUGUAAGAUAUCAUUCAAACAAUGUUAUAUGUAAAACUGGUGCUUCUGCUUUUGAAGAGAAAAAAAAUGCCAAUUUUUACUGUAAUAAGUAUUGUAUCAUAAUUAAAAGUUUAUUUAUUUGGAUAUUUUCCUGACAUAAUUGUAGUUGAAUUGUUGAUUUGUAGCUCUUGAAUGUCUUGAAUGAUAUAUAUGUAUCUAGGUUAAAGAAAUGAAAAUUAUAUAGAAAUUUUGAUCAUUGAUAUAUUCUUUAUUACUAAUGCUAUCCCAUGAGAGGUUAAGGGCUCCAUUCUUAGCUCAGCAUAUCUGAUGGGAAGCCCUGCUAUCACAGAUCACUUAAACAAGUUACUGGAGGAGCCCUGCAUCAUCUCAUAUUUGUUAUACACCCAGAUGUUAUGCUGGGAGAAUGGAGUGCUAAGACAGGAAGAGGGUCACUGAUAUAGUGAGGGAAAGUGCACGUUUCUGUCCUCCUGUUGGAGCAUUUAUGGAAAAUAAGCAAUGGCUGCAUUAAUUUACUUCAACUGGAGUGACUGAGACAGGCAGAAUUUAUCUCUAGGAAUCCUCUCUAUCCCUGUUUCCUUUUCAGGGCCAUGUUCUUGCAACAAAUCCUCUGUCAGACUCUGCGUUGCUAACAGGAUUUUUUCCUUCAAAUUCGAAUGGUGUUCUUAUAUAGCUGUUAUCACUGUGAAAAAUCAAAUUGAGCCUCCCCUUUAAAAGACAGCCUCACUUGACUAUUCAUAGUGAAGUAUUGUAGAUGCUGAAGAUAUUCUUAACUGCCAGAAUGUUUUCCUCUGGCAACCACAGUUGUAAUACUAGCACUAUAGACACAUUUAAGAUAGAGAAGUUCAGUGUGGUCCUUGAAAGGAGUACAGAAUUCUAGGCCUUAAGUUUUCCAUAAUUCACUGCAUUUCCUCUGCAUUAGUCAUUGGGAGAAGAUAUUUCAAACAUAACUGUAGAAUUGGAUGUGUAUUUUUCUAUGUUGAAUUUUAUUGCGUUCCUGCAUAGUUAUCCGUGCAUUUUCAUUUUAACUUCUCUUUUCACUAAAUGCAGCUACCUAAAUAUUGCUUGGAAAGCAGGGCAAAGCCAAGUCUUCUUUGAGUGCAGUAGAGCAGUGUAUCCCAUGAAGUCAUCAUACUAAGCUGAGAAUUAGAGAAUAAAGAAAUGUAUCAGCAGGGAAAAAAGUCGUAGAAUAGAGCCCUUAGCUACAAUGGUGUUACUUAGGUGAUUGAAAAUCCACCUUUAUUAGGCUACCAGUUGUGUUUACAAAAUUGUAGUAGGUCCAAAGUUUGUAUCACCAUGUUAGGCACACCUACCCUUCUCUUAUUAGUAUAGCUUUCUAGGGUCCAAGGUACUAAUGAUCUCUGUGUGUAGAUUUAAACGAAAUUCUCACUCAUUUUUGCAUGGUAGCAAAUUUACAUUUUUUUAAAUAUCUGAUUUAUAAGAUUACCAAGAGAUUCUUUUAUGUUAAAAGAGAUGACUCUUUUCCACUGUACUGUAUAUCAUCAACUUGUAACUGGUCUCUUUCUCUCUCAGGAUCUUUCCCAGUCAAAUAUUUGGGUUAAAUUUAUCAUAUUAUCUCUGUGAACCAGCAGUGAGAAAACAAAGAGAGACACUCUGCUGUAUAAUGUAUUUUUAAAUAAAAUAAUUUUUCAAUCAUAUGCAGUGUAUUUAUUUUAGAUAUCUGCUGUAGAUAUAUGUUCAUAGCAUACAUACAAUGAAAUGAUGAUUUUAAAGGACAGCUGCAUUUGGUGAUGUAUUUUCAUAAUUAACAAGGAGUUCUCAGUUGCUUUCCCUUAAAGGUUGUUCUGUGACACUGAAAAGCAGGAGUGAAAGAGCUGUAUUGCAGAAGUGUCUUCUGCCUGUUGGUGAAGGACUCCCUCCAGGAUGUGGACAGGUCAAGCUCCAGAUCCUGCCUUGAGUGAUUUGUAGAAGAGUAAGAGUUUACCUCUCGUGCGGUUGCAGUGGCUCCGCUGCCCUUGAGCUUGGGUGUUCACUUUUCCUUUCUGGACUUUCAAUAGGAACAGUGUAUCGAAAUAAAAGUAAGUUGGUAUUUUUUAACUGACAUGGCUUUUUU